UUCUUUCUCUUUUUACUCAACUUAUGCCUUUUGACACAGUAAAGAGAUCAAAUAAAAGGAUUAGAGCCAAUCUAUCAUCACUUCAUGAAGAUGAGGAUGAUGAUUGGUAUAAUACGACCAUUGAAAUAUUUAAUAAUCAAAAGAAUAAUUUUGAAAGUUCGUCCUUUCUUGAAAACAAUUACCAAUCUUCUAUUACCUCAAGUCCUCCCAUGGAUUACAUUCAUACUCCUUCAACAAUACCAAUUGAUAUACCAUAUUCAAACGACUCCUCUGAUCCACACGACUCUUCAAGCUUAGACAAUAUAACACCUCCCUCUAGUCUUUGUUGGCAGGACGAUUAUUUCACUGGACUGUCUGCUACUUCAACAGCAUUAUCUCCUUCUUCUCCUCAACCACUUGAUUCAUUUGUCGACUUAUCCUCCAUUAAUCCACGUACUGCUGACAUUUUUUCGAAAAUUCAAUUCUCCUGCACAGACAAAGGAAUCAACCUUGAAGCAAAGAUUUCCAAUGCCUCCGACCUACGCUCCCUAAUUGACGCUUUCAGUCAUCUCUGCUGUACAGACAAGAGCAUCAGCAGUCCCACACAAGCACCUCAAAUCAACAACAAGAUCGUUCUCUGCCGCAAUAAAAGCAACCAAACAAAGCCUGUCAAUUAUUUUGCCUCAACCUGUGAUCUAGGUCAGAUACCAAACGCACACUCCACUCUAGAUUCACCUCACAGCCUGCGAGAAAUAGCAGACGCAUGUAUCGACACCUAUUUCACCUGCUGGGUGCGGUUUAAACCGAUCCUUAAACGAGACGAAUUUAUGACCUGGUACAGGGCCCAGGAACGACCGACAGACACAUUAAUUGUGAACGCAAUCUGUUCGUACGUCUUUCGUCACAUGGUCUUUCACCAUCCGCAUCCUCAAUUUAUGCACUUUCUCAAAGACCAAGACAAGCUUCAAGAACAAGAAGAGUACUUUUUCAGCUGUGCUCGUGAAUGUCUCGCCCAGUCAUUUGAUACCCCUGAUCGAUAUACUAUUGUUGCCUUACUCUACAUGUGCGUCCGUGCUGAACCUUCCCGACGUCACCACUAUAUCGGUAUGGCUGUUUCAGCUCUUCAUGAGCUCGAAAUUUACCCACGCAUGGCUCACGAGGAUGCUGACUGUUAUGACAAGGAAAUGGACACUCGUCUCUGGUGGUUCGUCUGGGCCAUUGACUUUUACCUUUGGUCAGCUGGUGCGCCCAAGAACACGCCUCAACCUCGCGUUCCUGGCGAAAUCGAUCUUCCUCAGGUGUUUGAACAAGAUAUCGAUGACACAGAAAUUGGAGUUAUCGCCUUCAUCCACUGUCUUACCCUUUGGCGAAUUCAAGCAGAUAUUGUUGCGGCUCUUUACGAUACCGAAAACUCAGAAUUGACCAUCGAGCAACUAGUGGAAUAUGACAAGCGUCUGAUUUCCUUUUACGAGGGAUUACCCAAGUACCUUCAGCUGGACAGUGGUUUUGAAUACGGUACCGGUGACCUCUUCAUGGCCUGUUUGCGCGUCAACAUCGAAUACAACGCAACCCGCAUCAUUCUUCACAAGCUAUUUAUUCCUGAAAUGCACGAUCCUCGUCCAAGUCAGACCUCUCUCGAUUCACUCAACAUCUGUCUUUCGACUGCCCUGACUCAACUGAGCACCGUCAAGACAUGCAACAUGGUCGAUGUCGGUCGAUGCGCCUUUGACCGUGACGAACUCUGGAGAGCGGCUGAAAUUGUGUCGGUUGCGAUGGACAUUUAUCAUACCUGCGCCUCCCCUGACGACCAAGCAAAAAUACUACGAGGCAUUAAGAUGGAAGACUUUCACCAUGGACUGACCAAGUCAUUUGAUAUCCUACGAAACACAAGAGAGUUUCAAUUCAACUCCAAGAACUGGCUUCAAGUCGCAGACUGGAUGCAAGUCGAAAUUCGUCGACAUCAACUCAAUACGUAUCGCCCAGCCACGAUAGAGGAUACGACGGCUAUGAAGAAACCUGACUUCUUUUUGGCCCAUCUCAAACCUCACGCGACCCUGUCUCCCACUUUAUCUCAAAAGCAGCCUCCAAAAUCAUUAAAGCAGCCCAGAAGAUCGAUCUCAUUUCAAAAUCAGUUCACUGUCUCUCCUCAACAUUCCAGAAAGUCAUCUUUUUCAACAGCACCUCCAUUUCUUCAGUUUAACAAUUAUGUUCCACCAAGUCCACAAGCAUCGUCCAAGGUUCAGCCUCAAUUUAUCAAUGGUGGUAAAAGUCAAGCAAGGUUCCGAUAUUUUAAUCCUCGCAAGAUGAACAAGUUCCUUUUUAUUGAUGAACACCCUAUGAUGUAAUAAGCUCUUCACUAUACAUAUAUAUAUCUCUUGUACAUGAUCUCUCUCUAUGUUUCUUUUUUUAUAUAUCAACUCUAUUCUUUCUUUUUUUUUUUUCUCUUUCCUUAU